AUGGCGGCGAGUCAGACAGCGGUGGCCACUGCCGCUGCGGGGGGCACCGGUGGGCAGAGUGGAGGAGGGGGGACUGGGCAAGGUGGUGGUGGUGGCGGCGGCGGAGGAGGGGGUGCUGUGAAUACCACAGCCGGUAUCUGCCCAGGCUCCUUGUCUGUGUUCCCCAGCUUCCCCCAUGGACCUCACUGGAGCACCGGGACCCUGCACCAGCACACGGCGAGGAGCCUGGACCGGGCCCUGGAGGAGGCGGUGACGUCCGGCAUCCUGAACCUGAGCGGCCGCAGGCUGAGGGAGUUCCCGGGCACGGGCUACGAUCUGACGGACACCACACAAGCAGACUUAUCCAAAAACCGGUUUGCAGAGAUCCCGCUCGACGUCUGUUUGUUCGCACCGAUUGAAACCUUAAAUUUAUAUCACAAUUGCAUCAAGGGCAUUCCAGAGACCAUAAAAAAUCUCCAGAUGUUAACGUACCUAAAUAUCAGUCGAAACCUUUUAUCAACGUUGCCAAAAUAUCUCUUCGAUUUGCCGCUGAAAGUUUUGGUUGUGAGUAAUAAUAAACUAGUGUCUAUUCCUGAAGAGAUUGGAAAAUUAAAAGAAUUAAUGGAACUGGAUGUCAGUUGCAAUGAAAUACAAGUUCUUCCAGCACACGUAGGAAAGCUUCAUUCUCUUAGGGAACUGAAUCUCAGAAGAAAUAAUCUCCACGUUCUACCAGAUGAGUUGUCAUCACUUCCAUUGGUAAAACUGGACUUUUCAUGUAAUAAGAUUACAGAAAUCCCAGUAAGUUACAGGAAGCUACGGCAGCUUGAAGUAUUAAUAUUGGAUAAUAAUCCUAUGCAGAUACCUCCAGCACAGAUUUGCCUAAAGGGGAAAGUUCACAUAUUUAAGUUUCUGAACAUUCACGCCUGCUGCCGGACAGAGAAAAAGCCGGACUCUCUCGACUUGCCCUCACUAGUCAAAAGACUCCCUUCUCAGCCUUUCACUGACAGUAUUGAAGACUUCUACCCAAGUAAAAACCAUGGACCUGACUCUGGAAUUGGCAGCGACAAUGGAGAUAAGCGUCUGUCUACAACUGAACCUUCUGACGACGAUACAAUCAGCCUUCACUCUCAGGUAUCAGAAACAAGAGACCAGGCACUGAAAAAUGACAAUCAUUUACUAGGGAGCAAACUGGACUCUCAUAAAGGUCACGAUCAGGAGAUCUAUGACUAUGACCCCAGUGCUGAGGAUACUGCUCUGUCUGACCAUAGCGAUGUUCAGCUUACCGGCCCCUUUGUUUCUUAUAUUAAGGAAAGAGGGAAACUGAACGAUAAGUCAGAGAAAGUUGAAGAGCAUGAAGAAUGGGAGGAAGAACAAAGGCUUCAGAAGGAACAAUUAUUAGAAGAGGAAGAAGAGGAUGAAAUAAGGGAAGUAACAGACCUUAGGAAAAUAGCAGCACAGUUAUUACAGCAAGAGAAGCACAACAGUGGAUCUUCAGGAGAUCAUUCACAGUUGUCCCCAUGUAAUUGGCAGGAUAGGGAGAAGGACCGGAUCAAUGAGCAAGGGUGGCCGGCUGCAGACUGUGCUGUAUGGCAAGCUGAAGAGAGGCGGCGAUCCAAACAGACAAGGAGAGAGUACUUCAAGUACAAAUCUUCUCGGAAGUGUUCAAGCGGGAAUGACAAUGAUGAGAAAAACAGUGAUAGUGCAAAUGUGUCACCCUCAUCCCCCGUGUCAUCAGAGGAUUGUGAAAGGUCACAUAGCAAUUCACCAACACCAUUUGGAUUAAAGCCAAGAUCUGCUUUUCGUUCUUCUCGGCAAGACUUCGGGACAUUAGAUCCAGGUUUCACAAUGCGAAGAAAAAUGGAGCAUCUAAGAGAAGAGAGAGAACAGAUAAAACAGCUGCGGAAUAAUCUGGAGUCCAGGCUGAAGGUCAUCUUGCCAGAAGAUAUUGGAGGAGCUCUUAUGGACGGCGUAGUGUUAUGUCAUCUUGCCAAUCAUAUACGACCCCGUUCAGUUGCAAGCAUACACGUUCCAUCACCAGCAGUGCCUAAACUCAGCAUGGCAAAAUGCAGGCGUAAUGUAGAAAACUUUCUAGAGGCAUGUAAGAAACUUGGAGUUCCACAAGACCGGCUAUGUUUACCCCACCAUAUCUUGGAAGAGAGGGGACUGGUGAAAGUUGGCGUCACAGUACAAGCACUAUUAGAACUUCCCUUACUGAGAACUUCCCAACUUUCUUCAGUGUGACUUGCCAUGGAAAGCCUAGUAUUUCGAGCACUGACGUUCUUACGGCUCAUUCUCCAGCCUCAAUAGUGGACUUCCUGGCGAGACCUAUCCUCCUGCAGUCAUGCCAGCCCCAACAUGUGAACUGUGCACAGCUACUGUCCUCUACUGAAUAUACAGAUUUUUUUUAAUUUUGUUUUUGUUUUUUUACAUUUUUUUCUCAAUUUUUAUUUUUUAUUCAUGAUUUUAAUUGAAAACUGCCAGAACUGCAUAUCUGUGAAUGCAUGUUUGUGUGUAUGUGAAUAGGUAUAUUCAUGAACACACAGCGUUGAGAGGCCUAGUAACACAGGUGACACCAAUGUCCGGCUUUUAAGCAUAGCUAUGCGACCCUCCAACCUGCCCAGUUAUUUCAGCUCCAUCGUAAGGUGUCAGAACUGGGCUGCGCUAUUUACAAGGUUCUCUUGAUUUUUUUUGCAUUGUGAUGGAUACACUGCUCAUGUGGCGUGUGUUGGGUUGCAGCUCAGCCUAAAAUUAUUCUUGCUGACCAGUAAAAGGGUUUUCCAAAAAUAGGAUUCUAUGACCCAAUUUAUUGUGAAUUUGCAGAAAUGCAGCGUGACUGAGUGAAAGGCUAGAAGUCUAAGGAUGAAACCCUUUUAAUGGCUAAGGAACGAUACCUUAGAAAUGCAUUGCAGCUUCUGAAAUCUGGAAUUUCUUUUUAUAGCUGAAUGAAGUGCAUUUCUGCAAUUUUUAGGUAGGCAUAUAAAAUGUGAGCCUGUGCUGUAGAUUUGGAGCUCUGUAUUAGGAAAAAAAAAAAAAUAGAUCCAUUAAAAAGGUGUAGUACUAAAAUUUGAAUCGUCACAGAAUUUAAGACAAAAUAGCGUUUAAAGGGGUUGGCCUGUUUAUUACACUGCACUGAAGAAUAAUUCAUGUUUACAGGCAUAUCCCGUACCGACAUCAGUCUCGAUAGUUGAAUAAUUCCUAUUGCUAGCUGUAUGUGUUACCAGCACGUGCCACUAGUAAUAUAAACCGGACAACCCCUUAAAGGGUGGGCAUUCACUUUACUUUGCAGCUGUUGCUUUAACCACGUUUUAGUGCUUGUAGAUUUAUGCAGUGUAAAUAUCUGAGCGCUCGAUUAUAAACCAGUGGAAUCCGUUUUUAGAUAUUGGAUUAUUUAUUGAACUUCUUAUAAUUUAUAUACUUUUUGGCAUCUCGGUAUUUUCAUUUUGUGACCUUGUGACUGCUACAAAAUGAUACUGACGUAAUUUCUCUGGUUUUAUAUUUUGUAUAUAUUUGUAGUCUUUUUACCUAUUAUUUUUAUAGUCUCAGUUGGUGCCAAACUUUCUUUGUUGUAGACUGUUUACAUGUGAAGUGCCUGUGCAACUGACGUCAUCGAAUUUCUGCCAAUUGAAUGGAGACUUUGUGAUGUCAGUUUUGUUUCGUUAAGAAAUUAACAGGGUUUCACAUUUUUUUUAUGAUUAGGGUAUUUUAUUGUUACUUUGCAUUGUAAUCACUGGGAUCUGUACAUUUUUUUUUAACUUAUUUUAAGCUGUAGUUGUAUUGAAACAAUUUUUAGUUUUUUUUUUUUCUGGUUUAAGAAAUCAGAAUUUGCCUACGUCACUGGAAGUGCAGCAGAAGUAUGUGAGUAUUUGGAAGACCUCUAGCAACAUCCGUGUCUUAUCCCAACUCCUUUCUAAGAAAAUGAAUAAUACAUGACUAUUAUGUAUUGUAUUUAAUACCUUUUCCCAUGCAGAUUUUUCAGUUUGAAGAGGCCCUGUCACCACAAAUUACAAUGAACUCUACAGGCAGUGUGUUAGAGCAGAAGAAGCUGAGCAGAUUGAUAUAUAGGCCCUGAUUGAUCAAGGCUGGCAUGUGCUAUGCCAGUCUUCAUAGUGCACUGCCGGAGAAGGAAUGUAAUUUAUGAUGAUGUGCAGGCCUCCUCCGGCAGUCCAUGUGCCAAUCUACCGCAGCUUGAAAAUGCUGUAGAGUUCACUCACUGUUUCCGGUCUCUGGUGUGAAUAAUGAUGAAUGUACCGGGGAUGAAAAAAAUGUCACAAGGACAUUUAAAAAGACGCAAAACCCUGGUUAACUUUUUAAUGUCAAAAACACAUAGGAGGAAUGAUGCAUUUCCCCCUAGAUUCAGUAAAACUUGUAAUGUAUUCAUUUAAAUCUCUCCUCUUUCUGAUUUAAUUGUUCACGGGAAGGUGUGAUCAGUGACUGACAACUAUCUCUGCAUUCACACUUACACAGACAAUGCUGUCGAUCACUGAUAACAUCUCCCAUGUAUACAAAGAAGGCAGAAGAGGGAAAGAUUUAACCAUUAUGCGCGCCACAAUGUACAGUUACGUCAUGAUGCGGUGUAAGGAGUACGCAGUGGAUGUCAAGGAGUCGGUCCUAUCUGUGAUCAACUGGCUUCCCUCUGACUAUGUAUACAGAGAUAGCUGUCGGUCACUGAUAGGACCACAUCCUGGACUUCAAUCCCCAAUGUGAGCAGGGAUUUAAAUGAAUGAAAUACAAAUUAUACUGUUGUGUUGUCUCUCCCGCCCCCCCCCCCCCCCCUAUAUUUAUUUAUACAGCUCCUUCUGCUCUGUAACAUGCCCCCUGCAAAUUGCACUGCAUUUUGUGGUGACAGAUCCUCCAGGAGUACAAUAUUGAUUAGCUGUCCUUAGGGUUUUUAUUUGGUUACCUAUCUUAAGAAUGUCAUCAGUAUUUUGAUUGGUGGGGCACUGCUAAUGUUUUAUGAGGCCACAGCACUUUGGGGGUCUCUGAAGCCUCCUCACUACUUACCAAGCACAGCGCUGUCCAUUGUAUAGUGGCUUUGCUUGGUACUGCUGCCCAGCCCAUUUCACUUCUAUGGGACUGAGCUGCGCCUAGGCCAUGUGACUGAUGAGCAUGACGUCACAUGGCCUAGGAAGGAGCGCCACAGCCUCUUCAAACAGCUGAUUGGUGGAGGUGCCAUAACGUCA